AUGGGUAUACCGUACUCCCGCCAAAUCAACGCUGCGUUCGAACAAGUAACACCCCUCGUUGCGGCGGGCUUCAAAGUCCUCCGCACAACACGCGAUAUCUCGAUUUUACUUGCCGUCAUCCAGGUCCUUACCGUUAUCCUCUUGGGAUUCAUUCUUCUCGCGCUCCUCCUGCUUUUGUAUUGUGUUAACCCGGAUCUGGAGGAAGAAAGAAAAGCCAUUGUCACGCCAUGGCUCCGGUACUUCGCUAGUAUAACACUAUGGUCGAUAUUCAAGACUUUGUUCUCGAUGGUAUUUGUUAUGGGGCUUGCAGCGGCGGCGACAUGGCACUUUUUCUUGGCGAAGCAGUGGGUAGAGGAUGUGGAAUAUGAGGGCAACGUCGAUGCCGAGAAAGCAUUGGAGGAUCUGGAUGGAGAUGGAGAAGGUGUCGAUAAUGGAGGAAAGAAAGGAAAAGGGAAGGGUAAGAAGUGA